AGGCGGGGCCUGAGCUGUGCGUCCCCGCCCACGGAAAGGCGCAAGUUGCGUGGGCCGAGACGGCGGGAGCGCAGCGCGGUGCCAGCCGGAGGCAAGGAGUGGAGCCUCAACGCACUGCCCAGCGGGACCAUGGGCUCCCUGUUCCGGAGCGAGGAGGUUGUGCUGGUCCAGCUCUUCCUGCCCACGGCGGCCGCCUACACUUGCGUGAGCCAGCUGGGUGAGCUGGGCCUCGUGGAAUUCCGAGAUCUCAACGCCUCUGUGAGCGCCUUCCAGAGACGCUUCGUGGUGGAUGUGCGGCGCUGUGAGGAGCUGGAAAAGACCUUCACCUUCUUGCAGGAGGAGGUGCGCCGGGCUGGCCUGGCAUUGCCCCCACCCGAGGGGCGUCUGCCCGCGCCCCCACCCCCGGACCUGCUGCGCAUCCAAGAGGAGACUGAGCGCCUGGCCCAGGAGCUGCGGGAUGUGCGGGGCAACCAGCAGGCGCUGCGGGCCCAGCUGCACCAGCUGCAGCUGCAUGCGGCUGUGCUGGGCCAGGGCUACGGUGCUGCCCCGCAGGUGGAUGCCCGAGCGGAUAGCACCUGUGAGAGGAUGCCCCUGCUACAGGCCCCCGGGGGGCCACACCAGGACCUGCGAGUCAACUUCGUGGCAGGUGCCGUGGAGCCCCACAGGGCUGCAGCCCUGGAGCGUCUCCUCUGGAGAGCUUGCCGUGGCUUCCUCAUUGCCAGCUUCCGUGAGACGGAGCAGCGGCUGGAGGACCCUGUGACGGGUGAACCCACAGCCUGGGUGACCUUCGUCAUCUCCUACUGGGGUGAGCAGAUCGGACAGAAAAUUCGCAAGAUCACGGACUGCUUCCACUGCCACGUCUUCCCCUUCCUGGAGCAGGAGGCAGCGCGCAGCGGGGCCCUGCAGCGGCUACAGCAGCAGAGCCAGGAGCUGCAGGAGGUGCUGGGAGAGUCUGAGCGGUUCCUGAGCCAGGUGCUGGGCCGGGUGCAGCGGCUGCUGCCGCCUGCGCAGGUGCAGGUGCGCAAGAUGAAGGCCGUAUACCUGGCACUGAACCAGUGCAGCGUGAGCACCACACACAAGUGCCUCAUUGCUGAGGCCUGGUGUGCCUUGCGGGACCUGCCGGCCCUGCAGCAGGCGCUCCAGCUGGGCUCGAGUGAGGCAGGAGUGAGCGCCGUGGCACACCGCAUCCCCUGCCAGGACAUGCCCCCCACGCUCAUCCGCACCAACCGUUUCACCGCCAGCUUCCAGGGCAUUGUAGAUGCCUAUGGCGUGGGGCGCUACCAGGAGGUGAACCCCGCACCCUACACCAUCAUCACCUUCCCUUUCCUCUUUGCUGUGAUGUUCGGUGAUGUGGGUCAUGGGCUGCUCAUGUUCCUCUUCGCUCUGGCCAUGGUGCUGGUGGAGAACCGGCCGGCGGUGAAGGCUGUGCAGAAUGAGAUCUGGCAGACCUUCUUCGGAGGCCGCUACCUGCUGCUGCUCAUGGGCCUGUUCUCUGUCUACACGGGCUUCAUCUACAAUGAGUGCUUCAGCCGUGCCGCCACCAUCUUCCCCUCUGGCUGGAGCGUGGCAGCCAUGGCCAAUCAGUCUGGCUGGAGUGACGCCUUCCUAGCCCAGCAUCCCUUGCUCACGCUGGACCCUAACGUCACUGGUGUCUUCCUGGGACCUUAUCCCUUUGGCAUUGACCCUAUCUGGAGCUUAGCUGCCAACCACCUGAGUUUCCUCAACUCCUUCAAAAUGAAAAUGUCCAUCGUGCUGGGGGUCACACACAUGGCCUUUGGGGUGCUGCUGGGAAUCUUCAACCACAUGCACUUUCGACAGGGGCACCGGCUGCUGCUGGAGACGCUGCCCGAGCUGGUCUUCCUGCUGGGGCUGUUCGGCUACCUCGUCUUCCUGGUGCUCUACAAGUGGCUGCGCUUCUCGGCCGACAGAGCGGCUACGGCACCCAGCAUCCUCAUUCACUUCAUCAACAUGUUCCUGUUCGCUCACAGCUCCACCAACCAGCCGCUCUUCCAGGGGCAGGAAGUGGUCCAGUCCAUACUGGUGGUCUUGGCCUUGGCCAUGGUGCCAGUCCUGCUGCUGGGCACGCCCUUGUACCUGCUGCGCCAGCACCGCCAGCGCUCCAAGAAGCAACUUGUGGGCCACCAGGACAAGGACGGGCUUCUGGAUUCACACGACACAUCAGUGAAUGGCUGGGGCUCUGAGGAGGCGGCUGGGUGCCCGAGGGAAGAGGAGGAGGCCGAGUUUGAGGCCUCGGAGGUCUUCAUGCACCAGGCCAUCCACACCAUCGAGUUCUGCCUUGGCUGCAUCUCCAACACAGCCUCGUACCUGCGCCUCUGGGCCCUCAGCCUGGCCCACGCCCAGCUGUCGGAGGUGCUGUGGGCCAUGGUGAUGCGCCUGGGCCUGAGCAUGAGCCGGGAGGUGGGCUGGGCUGCCGUGGUGCUGGUGCCCAUCUUCGCUGCCUUCGCCGUCCUGACCGUGGCCAUCCUGCUUGUGAUGGAGGGGCUCUCAGCCUUCCUGCACGCCCUCCGGCUGCACUGGGUGGAGUUCCAGAACAAGUUCUACGUGGGCACUGGCUACAAGCUGAGCCCCUUCACCUUCACCGUGGAGGACGACUAGUGCCCACCAGGGCACAUCCCCUUGGCUGCAGCCUUUCCCCUGAGACGAGAGCAAUAAAGGAGGUGGUGGCCCAGGCA